AUGAGAGCCAUCGCAUACUACAAGAAGGGCGACAUUCAUUUCGCUUCGGAUCUCCCCACCCCCACAAUCAGCACUCCAGAUGAAAUCCUCAUUGACGUAGCCUGGUGUGGUAUCUGCGGUUCAGACCUUCACGAAUACCUUGACGGUCCCAUCUUCAUGCCUCAAGACGGUUCCACACACCCCUUAUCAAACCAGCCACUGCCACAGCCCAUGGGUCAUGAAUUCUGCGGGUUCGUCAAGGCGAUUGGUAAUAAAGUGACUAAAGUCGCCGUCGGUGAUAAAGUCGUGGUGGAGGCAGGAUGUGGUUGUAAAGAUGUCCACAGAUGGCCCCAAUCACACGUCUAUGGCAAAGAACAAUGUACUGCCUGUCGUAAGGGAUUUGAUAAUUGUUGUACUCAUGCUGGGUUCACCGGAUUGGGUGUCGUGGGUGGUGCCUUCGCUGAACAGGUCGUUGUCGGAGAAAGACAUGUAGUUAAGUUACCCGAGGAGGUCCCCACUGAUGUUGGGGCCCUUGUGGAACCAUUGUCUGUUGCAUGGCAUGCUGUGAAAGUGGCUGGUUUCGAGAAGGGUUCAGGGAAAAAUGCCUUAGUCCUGGGGGCAGGACCCAUUGGAUUAGCUACUAUUUUGGCUUUGAAGGCACAUGGUGCCAGUAAGAUUGUAGUUUCUGAACUAGCAGCCAUUAGAAGAGAAUUGGCCCUGAAAAUGGGAGUGGAAGUUUUUGAUCCAUCGAAGCAUGGUGAUGAGAAGCAAGGUAUUAAGAAGUUGCGUGAGAUCCCGGAGGAUCAUGAUGGAUUUGAUUUCGCAUUUGAUUGUUCUGGUGUGGAAACCACUUUCAAUACGGCGUUACAUUCCUUGACAUUCAGAGGUACUGCGGUGAACGUUGCCAUUUGGGGGCCUCACCCCAUUGAUUAUUACCCUAUGGACAUCACUUUACAGGAGAAGAAACUUACUGGGUCCAUUGGAUAUGUGGUGCAAGAUUUUGAAGAAGUCGUGGAUGCACUUCAUAAGGGUGACAUUAGCAUUGAGGAAUGUAAGCAUUUGAUUACUGGUAGACAGAAAUUAGAGAACGGUUGGGAGAAGGGGUUCAUGGAGUUAAUGAAUCACAAGGAGACCAAUAUUAAGAUCUUGAUGACUCCCAAUAACCACCACGAAUUGCAAUGA